CUGUGGACCAUAACGUAAUUGUCAUAUGUCAUAAAUUGGGUAAUAAUUGAGUUAUAUGCUUAAUUGUUUAAAUAAAUGAUUAAUAAUACUGUAACUGCAGUAAAUGGAAUGGAUUCGAUUAUGGAAUCACCUAGGAAAAGAAUCCGUGCGAAUACUGAGUCAAAGGUGACGGUGAUUUUAGGGGCACAAUGGGGCGAUGAAGGCAAAGGAAAAGUUGUAGAUAUGUUAGCAGUUGACGCUGAUGUCGUUUGCCGAUGUCAGGGUGGGAACAAUGCCGGUCACACCGUUGUUAUUGAUGGAGUUGAAUUUGAUUUCCAUUUAUUGCCUAGUGGAAUCAUACAUCCUAAAUGCAAAUCUAUCAUAGGAAAUGGAGUCGUUAUUCAUUUACCCGGUAUGUUCGAUGAAAUAGAAAAAAAUGAAAAAAAAGGAUUAGAGAACUGGGGUGACCGUUUGAUUAUUUCUGACAGGGCUCAUCUUGUUUUUGAUUUUCAUCAACAGGUCGAUGGGUUACAAGAACAAGAAAAUAACCAGAAAGGCCAAGGACUAGGCACCACUAAAAAAGGCAUCGGUCCGACCUAUUCUUCAAAAGCGACCAGAAAUGGAAUUCGUGUGGGAGAUCUUUUAGGAAGUUUUUCUCAGUUUCAAAAAAAGUUUCAAGAUUUGGCUAAUAUGUACCAGAGAAUGUUUCCAACGUUAAGAGUUGAUGUUGAAAAGGAGCUGAUAAGGUAUAAGGGAUAUGCAGAGAAAAUUAAACCGUACGUUCGCGAUACAGUUUCCUUUCUUGACAAAGCUAUUAAGGAAGGGAGAAAAGUACUUGUGGAAGGAGCUAAUGCUGCUAUGUUAGAUAUAGAUUUCGGUACAUACCCAUAUGUGACGUCUUCCAACUGCAGCGUGGGUGGUGUAUGUACCGGGCUUGGCAUUUCACCACAUAGAAUUGGUGAAGUAAUUGGAGUCGUCAAAGCGUAUACAACUAGAGUCGGCGACGGGCCAUUUCCCACUGAACUUCAUGAUAGUAUUGGCGAAAUAAUGCAAUCCAGAGGAGCUGAAUUUGGGGUUACAACGAAAAGGAAGCGUCGUUGUGGUUGGCUAGACAUCGUUUUACUGCAGUACACUAAUAUGAUCAAUGGCUACACGGCCAUAUGUUUGACAAAAUUAGAUAUCUUAGACACUUUAGUUGAACUUAAACUGGCCACCGGAUAUAAGUUAAAUGGAAAGAAAAUGGAUUAUUUCCCCUCCACUGCAUCGGAUUUGGCGGCGGUCGAGGUUGAAUAUUUAACGAUGCCUGGUUGGCAGACGAGUACGGAGGAUGUAAGGCAGUUUAAGGAUUUACCUGACAAUGCCAAACGUUACGUUAAUAAAAUAGAAGACUUGCUGAACGUACCAGUGAAAUGGAUUGGUGUCGGCAAAGGAAGAGAAUCGAUAAUAACAAUCGAAACAGCAGAACACUGUUAGAAAAGACGUAUCUUGAUUUAGGCAAUUACAUAGUUUAAUAAUAAUGGCCGCUGCCGCCGCCGCCUAAUAAAUAACAACCUAGUUUUAUCUUAAGGAAGUAAAAGAUGUUAAUAUUGCAGUUGUAAACGAUUUAGUACAAAUAAACAAGAUUGUGUUGUU